AUGAACCGGAACACUAACAACCUCGCAAUUCCCCGAUUGCCUACCGCCGACGCCUUCCCGCCGUUUCCCACCAUCCACGAGCCGGAGUCACGUGCCUCUACCGAGUCGGUGUCGAGCGCAGAGGAGAGGCUGCAGUGGCGCAGUCACCCCAAUGUCGCCACGCCCCUGCCCAACCCGACGGCGGAGAAUCCCUUUGACGACCCCAACCUUGCCCUGACGUCGCCGCUGAGCCGCGAGGGCGAGGCGCUCGGCAACGGCGUGCGCAGCCAAAUCCAACGCGAGGAAGAGGAGGAGCCGUACCACGCCACCAGCACAUCUGAGUCGGGCUCAUCAGAGAAGACCGAGGAACCGCACCAACAACCAUCGCUGGCCCCCGUCACCACCAAUGCCAGCAGACGCACGGCCCGAGGCAGCCUCAGGGGAGACGUGCCCGAGAAGAGGAAGAACUUGACCUUCAAGGAGCGGAUACGCCACUUCACCUGGACCUGGUUUUGUCUGACAAUGGCGACCGGAGGCAUCGCCAAUGUCUUGUACGCCGUCCCGUUCCGCUUCCAGGGAAUCUACGCCCUUGGCUGCAUAUUCUUCAUCCUCAACAUCGUCUUCUUCCUGUUCAACUGCGCCAUGAUCUCUUGUCGCUUCUACUUUUAUCCGCGCACCUUCAAGGCCUCGUUCCUGCAUCCCACCGAGAGCCUGUUCAUCCCAGCCGCCGUGGUUAGCUUUGGCAUUAUCCUCAUCAACGUCAGCCAGUACGGUGUCGGCCAUGCCGGCGUGGGCAGGUGGCUUGAGAGGUGCAUGAUUGUGCUUUUCUGGAUGGACUGCGGCCUUGCUGUCUGCUUUUCCGUCGGUAUCUACUUGCUCAUGUGGUCCACGACAACAUUUACAAUAUCCCAGAUGACGCCCAUCUGGAUCUUCCCAGCCUACCCACUGCUAAUCAUCGGUCCCCACGCCGGCAACCUAGCUCCCAAAGUGUCCGAUCCCCUCAUCUCUCUCAUCAUUAUCCUUACGGGCUACAUUAUCCAGGGCAUCGGCUUCCUGGUCUCGCUCAUGAUCUAUGCAGCCUUCAUCUAUCGACUCAUGACGCAGAAGCUGCCCAAAGAAUCGCUUCGUCCCGGUAUGUUCAUCAGCGUCGGUCCCUCGGGCUUCACGAUUGCUGGCGUCGUCAUGAUGGGCCAAGAACUGCCCAAGAGGGUGGCGCACGACUUCAUGGGCCCAGGCAAUGGCGAACUAGCAGGCAAGGUCGGUAUGAUUUGCGCAAACUUUGUCGGACUCUGGCUGUGGGGUCUAGCCCUCUGGUUCUUCUUGAUCAGUGUCGGCGCCCACUGGUCGUGUGCCAGACGCGGCAAGAUGGACUUUGCAAUGACGUGGUACUCGUUCAUCUUCCCCAACACGGCCCUCACGACGUCCACCUUUGCCAUUUCCCGCUGCCUCAAUAGCAACAAACCCAUCGCCUACAUUGGCUGUGCCAUGACCAUCGCUCUCAUACUCAUGUGGUUUUUCGUCAUAUCCAUGAAUGUCCGAGCUGUCGUCAUCCAUCAAAUUCUCUGGCCAGAGAAGCAGGAAGAUAGGACUGAAGGAGGCUGGAAGCAACAAACAGCCGAAGAGCAGCAGCGGAGGCAGCGCGAACGGGAACUUGCAGAUGGAGGAGAAAGUUUAAGAGAACGGGCAUCGAUGCGAGCGAGAACUUUCCAGAGGAGAGAUAGAACCUUCAAUGAGGAUACCAUGGGUGCUCCCAUGCCAGGAUUGACAAGGUCUCAAACCGAGGUAAUGGGCAGGAAGAGGGGGUGGAGUUUUAGAAGAUAAGUGACACGGGAUGCAUUUGAUUCGGAGUAGGGAGACAUUGAGGUCGUUUGGCGCUUUAGGUUGAGCUUGUUGAUACCCCUUUGAGCGUUUUGCAGUAGACUGUACGUUUGCCAAAGUUUUGGCCCGGAAAAGUGAUUUUUGGUGGUUC